ACACAUGGAUCGACUCCAUUCACCAUUCCAAAAUGGCUCCCCUUACGAAAGGCGAGUUGUCCGACACUGAGAAGGAAUUGUACAAGGCGGUCCAGGCGGGCGACCUGGCCGAAGCCCGCACCCUCUUGAACAAGGUCCGCAUCGACUGCCUGGACGAGCAUGGCAUGACGCCGCUUCAACACGCCGCGUACCGAGGCAAUUACGACAUGUGCAAGCUGUUCCUCGAGUGCGGCGCGGACGUCAACUCGCACUUCCACGACUCCGGCUACACGGCGCUCAUGUUCGCCGGACUCGCCGGUCGCGCCGACGUCGUGAGCCUCCUGCUCGAACACGGCGCCUCUACGACGGCCGUCAACUCGCUGGGCCGUACGGCGGCCCAAAUGGCCGCCUUCGUGAGCAACUACGACGUCGUCGCCAUCGUGAACAACUUCUUGCCCCGAGAAGAGCUCGACUACUACGCGCGGCCGCAGGGGCUGGAAAAAGAGCCCAAGCUGCCCGCCAAUCUGGUGAGCCCGCUGUACCACCUCAUCCUGCGCACCAACAUCCACCCGGUCCGCGUAGCCCUUUACCUCCAGGACAGGCGCGACCUGCUCGACAACUCGGCCAAGAUCGAACGCGUGCUCACGCUGCUCUGCGAGAAGCAGAUGAAGGCGGUCGCCGAGCCCAACGAGAUGCUCGCCCUCAAGUUCCACCACCUCGCGUUCCUGGUCCGAAACUGCGCCAAGUUCGCACGCGACCAGGACCCAAAGAAGGCCGGCUCCAAGGCGCUGCUCGAGCCCCUCAUCAAAACAUGGCUCAAAGGCCGCGACGAGGACGACUUCCCUGUGCUCCUCGAGAAGCUGUUGCGUCAGUCGGUGCGCGAGUUUCCCUACCACGACUGCAGCGUCCUGCAACAACUCGUGCACACGCUGUCCGGCGUGGAGAUCGGAAACGAGCCGAGCGCCAUUUCCAUCCUGGCUGAGGCCAUCAGGGGACAGAAGGGCUGCGAUCAGGCGGCCUCGUGCACGGCCUGCGGCGAGCCUAAGGCCGAAAAGCGGUGUUCGGCCUGCAAGUCGGUCCAGUACUGCGACCCCGGCUGCCAGAAGCUCCACUGGUUCACACACAAGAAGCACUGCGCGCGGCUUGCCGCCGAGUACGAGCAGGCGCUCAGGGAGAAGGCAGAGCAAGAGAAAGAGCAGGAACUGGAGCGAGCCAAGACCGAAGCCGUCAAGCAGGACAAUGGGACGGAAGAACAGCCCGCUGAGGAAGACGCAUCGUCGUCGACCGCCGAGCCGAAGACGCUUCCUAGCACUGAAUCCGAUGGUAGCGCCGCAAUAAAGUCAACAUAACGGGGGAGGGGCGAUUUAUAGUUGCGCGAGUCCACUUGGGCACUAACUUCGCCAAACGGAUUCCAGGAACCACCGAGCAGCUAGCCUCAAAACUUCCUUGAAAGGUUGCAGAAACAUCCCGUUUGGCGUGCGCCUAGUCAUGCUGCCUUCGGUUCUCUUGUCUGCUCUCGUUGUUAAGUGUUGGUUAUUUAUAUGUGUUCACAAUGAUUGUCUGAAGUCAUGUUCUCCGCUCCUGUCAGUCCCACUCGUGUGGACUGUUAUGCCCGAGUUCCACUAGAGCGACAAACAACUGACAUCGACAAGCCUCAAGCAUGUGCAGCAUGCGCACGAAGGUAUCUUUGGCAGGCUUGCAAUCGCGAGUGCUUAGUUCACAAGCACCAAGAAACUGGAAGCUUGCCAAAGGCACCAUUGAGCACAAGCUGUGCACGUUAUAGGCUUGUUGGUGUCUGUGGUUUCUUUCUGUCGCUCCAGUGGGACUUGGGCAUUCGGAUCCAACAUGAACCCGCCAAUGCUGCUGCACAGUUUGGAGGAAGCCGUUCUGGAGCUGUGCUCCAAUGCCCACCAUUUCCAUGGCCACAAUUUAUGUGUGUUUAAUUAAAAACAAAAAUUAAACGGA